AUAAAAAUAUGAAUGGGGCAGAUCCCGCGGACUACUCGGACGAGGAUCACGGCGACGCGGAUCGUUCACCGCACCGCAGCUGCAGCGGAUCGCCGUCCCCGUCCAUUGGUAGCAUGUGCACCGACAGUGAAGAGGAUUCGUGCACCGAAAUAGUCCUACUCGAGCAGGAGUCCAGUCCAAGUAAUGCCGAACCGGAGGAUGACUUCAAUUACGAGGUGCUGUCGGUCAAACAGAUCGUUCAGCAUCAGUGGCAUAUCAUCGAUGAAGUCAACAGCGUGUUAAAUCUGCCACCACAGAUUACACGUUGCAUUCUCAACCACUACAAAUGGGACAAGGAGAAGCUCUUCGAGGAGUACUUUGACAUCAGUCCGGAGGAGUUUUUCCAACGUGCUCAUCUCGUCAAUCCCUUUACCUUGCCGCCCCCACACGUUAGCUUUGGCAGCAACUCGUUAAGCUUGGACCCGCAGAACAUGUGUGGCAUUUGCUGCUGCCCCAGCGAUGAUCUGCGGGGACUGGCCUGUGGCCAUAGAUUCUGUGCCGAAUGCUGGAAGCAUUAUCUAGCCAGCAAAACCUUCAGUGAGGGUUUGGGCCAUAAUAUCGCCUGCCCUGCCGAGGGCUGCGACAUUGUCGUGGACUACGUCUCUUUUCUGAUCCUGGCGGACAACAGCGAGGUGAUUGCACGCCACCAGCAGCUGAUCACCAACACCUUUGUGGAGUGCAACCCUUUGCUGCGCUGGUGCCCAGCGCCCAGUUGCUGCUGCGUCAUUCAGGUCAGCAGUCCGGAGGCACGCGCCGUGCGUUGCAAGUGCGGCCAUCAGUUUUGCUUUGGCUGUGGCGAGAACUGGCACGAGCCAGCCAGCUGCUGCCUGCUGAAGCAGUGGCUCAAGAAGUGCCGCGAGGACUCGGAAACAUCCAAUUGGAUUGCGCAGAACACCAAAGAGUGCCCCAAGUGCAAUGUGACCAUCGAAAAGGAUGGCGGGUGCAAUCACAUGGUCUGCAAGAAUCCCAACUGCCGCUACGACUUCUGUUGGGUAUGCCUCGGGUCGUGGGAGCCACACGGCUCCUCCUGGUACAGCUGCAAUCGCUUCGACGAGGAGGAGGCCAAGAAGGCUCGCCUUGCCCAGCAGCUUUAUCGCUCGACCAUGGCCCGGUAUUUGCACUAUUACAAUCGCUACAUGAAUCACAUGCAGAGUGGCCGUUUGGAGCACAAUAUCUAUGCCCAAGUGCAGGCCAAAAUGAAGGCCAUGCGUGAGACCAUGACCUGGUUCGAGGUGCAGUUCCUCGAGGAAUCCGUCGAGGUCCUCUGCCAGUGUCGCUUGACCCUCAUGUACAGCUAUGUAUUUGCCUACUAUUUGCGCAACAACAAUCAAAAGAUCAUAUUUGAGGACAAUCAGCGGGAUCUGGAGAGUGCCACCGAGAAGAUCUCCGAGUGUUUGGAGCGCGAAAUUACGGCUCUAACUUUUCAGACUGUGCGGCAAAAGGUCCUCGAUCUGUCGCACUAUUGCGAGCGGCGUCGCACGGUUCUGCUCUGCCAUGUGCGCGAGGGCUACGAAAAGGAUUGGUGGGAUUUCACCGCUGAUACAGCCACAGAGCCUGAUAUAGAGUAAGAAUUGAUAAAUCCCAAAGCUAAGCAUUACCACAUACUGUUUCAGCACACGAAAUCAAUCCGAAAAAAAAACAUUAAAAAAUUUCACUGGA